CUCCGCUGCAAUUAUUGCUCCGAUUACGAUUUUGAAGGUACCACUGAGAUCGUCCAGCGCCGAUCUACACAAUCGUGGAAGCCUCGUCGCCAUCGGAGACUGCACGCGCCCCCACGCGCCGCUCAAAGUUGCUGCCCCGCCGAUCACGCGCCACACGCGCCACCACGCGCCAGCAGCUUCUGGCCACGCGCCUUCACGCGCCGUCACGCGCCUCCACGCGCCUCAACAGCCUCGCUGACGUCAUCGCUGACGUCAGCCCUAACAGCUUGCUGACGUCACUGCUUGCGUCAUCCGCUGACGUCACCUUCUGAAUCUGGAUUUGACCGUUGACUUCAGUUGACCGUUGACUUUGACUGGCCGUUGACCGUUGACCGUUGACUUUUCCAGGGUUGACUUUUUCUGUCCAGGUUCUCCUUACCCAGUUUUUCGCGUAGAUUUCAUUUCUGCUGUUUGUUUUUGCAUAUUGUGUCUCUAAAUGGAUAAAAAGGAUAAUUUUGUUCCUCGCCCCAUCAAUACUGUAUUGGAGGGGAAUAAAAAUUACUUAUCUUGGUCUCAAGCUAUGCGCAGUUUUCUUAAGGGUCGCAUGCUCUGGCAUUAUUGUACUGGUGCAAUGAUUAUUCCUGUCAAGGGAGCAAGUGAAGAAGAUGCUGUUUUUCUUGGUCGCAUGAUUGAAUGGGAUAGUCAUAACCACAUGAUCCUCACAUGGAUUCGGAACACUUCCAUUCCCUCUAUUUCCAAUCUGUUGGGCAGCUUUGAUGAUGCAAAAUCUGCAUGGGAUAUGUUGGCCAAAAGGUACUCCACUACUCAUGGAUCCAUGAAAUAUCAGUUAGUGGUUGAAUUGCAUCAACUCAGGCAAGAACCAGGGCAAUCCAUCAAUGACUAUUAUGAUCAGCUUCGCUACAUUUGGGACCAAAUUGACCUUUCUGAUCCAACUUGGGCAUGCUCAAAGGAUGCUCAGCAAUAUGCUUCCAUCAGAGAUGAAUUUCGCCUCUAUGAAUUCCUGAUGUCACUUCACAAGGACUUUGAGCCCAUUCGAGGUCAGCUUCUAAAUCGCAGUCCUGCUCCCUCUCUUGAUACUGCUGUGAAUGAGCUAGUUAGAGAAGAAGCUCGUCUUGCAACCCUUCAAGCCCAGAAUAAGCUCAAUGUUUUGGCUAUUACUCCAUCUACUCCACUCAUAGAGCAACCUCAGCAAUCAAGUGAUUCCUCUGGCUCUCACAAUCGUCGCAAGCAGUCCAACAAAAAAGUCUGCAACUAUUGCAAGCGUUCUGGCCACACCAUUGAGACUUGUUUCCGUCGCAACAAAUCUACUGCUGCUGUUGCUAAUACUGAGCCUACUCCGCCAAUGGCUUCCACCUCAGCUGAGUCCCAGUCUUCUGGAUCCACUAUCAACCUCUCCCCCACUGAACUACAGGAGAUCAUAGCUCAGGCUGUUCGUAUGGCUGGUAAUGCAUCUCUUUCCACUGCCCUAUCUGUUCUACCCGGAUCCGAGGACGGGACAAGAGCUUGGGACCGGCCCUAGAGUUGGGCGUAUGUUUCCCGUGGACAAUCUUCAUCUUCCACCUGUUGCUCCUGUUUCUGUUGCUGCUGCAGCUGCUGCAGUUUCUUCCUUACCAUCUCUUGCACUUUGGC